AUGCUAUUCGCCGGAGACGGUGACCGCCGAGGCGACGAAAGCGAAGUCAGCCCAUCUGCCUAUAUUACAAUUGCCCGCCGGAUAUUCCCAAGUUGCCGCGGCGCGCGCGCAACAGGUGGCCGGCACAAAGACGAACGAGAGAACAAAGCGGACUCGGAUGAGGUCAGACAAGGGGGAUUACGGUACCUGUCAAAGAAAAAUGGCCGUCACGAUCUACCGGUUUGGUUGAAAGGCAUCAACAGCCUCGCAAGCUGGUCGACCGUCGCGAUGAGAGUUCGAGCCGGUGAUGCGUGCGCGUCGAACUUUGCGGGUGAGGAUGGUGCUGGGUGA